AUGUCAAACGUAUUCUCUCAUGAAGCCAGAAAUGGUCGUAAUGGUCCGAGAGACUCUCUAGAACUCGCUUCUCUAGCCUCGUCAUCACCUGCUUCUGUCGGCUCCUCGCGCUCCUCCUCUCCCGACGGCAUCUCAUCCUCGCGCAAGCUCUCACUAGACGACGAGGACCCAUUGGCGUCUCACAGCAAUGGUCACCUAGAAUCUGGUCGACAGCGACCAAUGCGAUCGUAUUCUAUCUCCUCUGCAUUCGAUUUCGGGGGCAACCUUUUCCCUCUAUCACAAACACAGGCCGGCUACGCUCCCCUUGGGACUCCAUCUGCGCUCGAUCGACCAGGAAGAGAUGGAUCGUUGGAACGGAAUAAAACUCUGACGUACUUGAAUGGGCUCUCGUUGAUUGUGGGAUUGAUCAUUGGCUCUGGUAUUUUCUCAUCGCCGAGCCAGGUCAAUGCAAACGCGGGAUCCCCAGGCGCUGCGCUUAUUGUCUGGGCUGUAGCUGGUCUGUUGGCAUGGACUGGUGCAGCUAGUUAUGCUGAGCUGGGAGGUGCCAUUCCACUCAAUGGAGGUGCCCAGGUUUACUUAUCGAAGAUCUUCGGCGAAUUGAGUGGCUUCCUGUUCACGUGGUCUGCGGUUCUAGUAUUGAAGCCGGGUUCAGCAGCCAUCAUUUCAAUCAUCUUUGGAGAAUACGUUGUUCGGGCGUUUGUGGGUGCCGAUGUCGUCUCUGUCAACCCAUGGAUUAAUAAGGGAGUUGCAUUCGGAGGACUUCUAGCCGUAACUCUGGUCAACUGCAUUUCUACGAAGAUCGCAACUCGCAUCGGAGACCUGUUCAUGUUUUUCAAGUUUGUCGCAUUGCUUGCAGUUACCGUUAUUGGAAUUGUCGUUGCCGUGACUGGAUUUUCGACCAAGGGGCAUGCCAACGAGGAAUGGAAAACCCAUGGCUGGUUCGAGGGCACCAAUACUGAAAUAUCCGAUUUUGCAGUGGCGCUGUACGCUGGACUGUGGGCAUUCGAUGGAUGGGACAAUACCAAUUAUGUGACGGGCGAGUUCAAGAACCCAAAUCGUGACUUGCCACGAGUGAUUCACACAGCAAUGCCACUAGUCAUUCUGUGCUACCUCAUGGCUAAUGUCUCCUACUUCUUGGUCUUGCCCCACGAAACUAUCGAAGCGAGCAAUACUGUUGCGGUCCAGUUUGGGGGCAAGGUGUUUGGCCCCGUUGGGGCCUUGAUUCUUGCAUUGGUCGUCUCAGCGAGCUGUUUUGGAGCUCUCAAUGCAACGACUUUCACUAGCAGCCGACUUGUUUAUGCAGCCGGCAAGGAGGGAUAUCUCCCAGCGCUAUUCGGUCGGAUUGGCUUCUCGAGCUCUUCCUCUAAUUCUGCAGCUGCCAAUCGUCUCCGACGCCGCUCAUGGGCCAGCCGGUCUUUCUCGAAGGUAUUUGGAGAUGGUCUUGGCUUCACUCCUAUCAACGCUAUGGCCUUCAACGCAGCCUUAACCGCCAUUUAUAUUGCUAUGGGCGAGUUCAAGACCCUAGUCACCUUUUAUGGUGUGGCGGGCUACACUUUCUACUUCCUCACUGUGCUUGGUUUGAUUGUCCUGCGCAUCCGAGAGCCACAUCUGGAGAGACCUUAUCGUACAUGGAUCACUACACCCAUUAUAUUCUGCUGCGUCAGCCUCUUCCUCCUCAGCCGUGCUGUCAUUUCUGAUCCUUUACAAACGUUGAUCGUGGUAGCAUUCAUUAUGACAGGCAUACCAGUGUACUACUGGCGCAUCUACCAACGCGAUGGAAAGACUGGAUUUUCAGGCUGGAAGUUCUGGAAAUGGGGUUCUCGAUGA